UUGAUCGCGCCAUGAGUCCGGCACAAUCGGAGGAUUCGGGUCUGGCACCCGAUCGUGGCACCACAUAUGCCACCAUAACAUUGCCACGUGACGGCGCACUCAAUAUGGGCAUCACAUUCGUAGAACGCAACGACCUUUCGUAUCCACCUGUUAUUGGCGCGCUGAGUCCACUGGGUCAUGCUGCGGAUUUUCUAGCGCCUGGCGAUCGCAUUCAUCAAAUUGACGGCAUCUCAACAAUUGGGUUGAGUAAUCAGCACGUCAUGAGCAUGCUGUGCGGCACUUGUGAUGGCUCAACAACCGCUGGGAAUGGCUCGGGUACUGGCUCUAGUGGCGGCGGUGGUGGUGGUGGCAGUGGUGUUGAUGGAGGAGGCGAUGCUCGCAGUGUUCCUGCUGUGGUGGAAAUCGAAUAUUCUCUACCCGAAUACAUCUCCCAGAAUAGUUUGUGCGUCACAUCAAAGUUGGCGCAAAUCACAGUGGAACGCGAAAGCGGUUGUUUGGGUUUGACGCUGCGUGGCGGCGGCGAUUUCCCAUUGAUUGUCACGCACGUUCGGCCACAUGGACCUGUCUACAAGACCGGACGCAUCAAACCGGGCGAUCGGCUGCUGCGUGUCGAUAAUCUGUCGCUCAUUGGCAAAACACUGGCCGAGGCACAACAGAUCAUCAAAUGUGGUGGACACGUUUCCGGCUAUACAAAUCUCACAGUCGAAUAUGAUGUGUCCGUGGUGCAGAGUGUCGAAUUUUCAAUGGGUCCACUAUUGAUUGAAAUCGAACGGCCCAUGAAUGAUAAAUUGGGGCUAGUGUUGUGCAACUAUCCAGCGACUAGUCAUUUGGAUCACACAAAAAUCGAUGAGGUCAGCGCAGCUGGUAUUUAUAUAGCGAGCAUAAUGCCAGCCAGCAUUGCAGAUAGAUGUGGCGCCUUGUCUGUGGGUGAUCAAGUGCUCUCCAUCGACGACACCAUAAUCGAGAACUCAGCCCACAGUCCGGACGAAGUGAUGACAAUGUUGGAUGCGAACACAGGCCGUGGCUAUACACAGAUGCAAAUUAUGCCGGCGCACGCGUUGACGCGACGAGGAUGCAACAUCCCUAAAAUAUAUUAUAGGGAAUCCCGAGGUCUUGCAAAGUCGAGAAUCCUCCUAUUUUAA